AUGCAAGCUCCAUCCCUCAAUCCUCCCUCACCUGCGCCUACCUCCGUCUCUUCAUCUACACCGCCUCCUCAUUCGGAUGCGAACGCCGGGACGCGGGGCGAGCAGGACACCGAGGCCCUCUUGCGUCGGGCCCUCCCCCCUCAUCGCGGUGCUCCUCCUCCCUCCCCCUUGCUCGUCCGUACACUUUGCCAACAACUGGGAAGCAUUCCCCCGGACCUUCGCCGAGAUAUCUGGCCCCUUCUUCUUCUCGGUCCCGAUGCCUACGAUGCAGACGUUGCCACGGCCCCGAGUGCCAUCGUCCAAGGCUUCUCCGGCAAGGAGGAAGGAGCAACUGCGGGGGCGAAGGUCGGGCCCCAUUGUGGGAACAAGAGCAGCCCUGUUGACGGCCCAUCGAGGGGCUUGGAGGCGCUCUGCGGCGACGAUGCGAAGCCGUUUUCCCUCGCCCAGGCCAUUGAAGACGUGCCCCUGGACCUCCCCAAUCAACGCGUUGUCGAGAUCGACGCCCUCCGCACACGGUCCGAGCUACCUCUGUUCAAAUCGCCCGGCACCCAAGCCAUGAUCGAACGGGUCUUGACCCUGUACUGCAAACUGCAGGGAAUCUCGUACAAGCAGGGGCUGAACGAGGUCCUGGCUCCUUUUGUCCAGGUGGUGAUGGGGAGGGAGGGCGGAGGUGAUGGGGAGGGGCGAAGGCCCGACCGACUAGGAGAAGGAAGGAAAGGCGAGGGUGUCGGGGAAGAAGCGGGGGGUGCGUUGCAGGAGGAUGGGGAGGGAGACGGGGGGGACAGACGUGGGCAAGGAUGCCCUCCCUCGGCCGCCCCCUCCCUCCUCAUCUACCGUUGCUUCACACGCUUCCUCCACCUCUUGCUGGGGAACUUGUACUCGGACGAGGAUUUCCACCUCCUGCAAGCCCUCUUCCUCCUCUUCCGUCUCCUCCUCCUCUACCACUGCCCCCGCCUCUCCUUGCGCCUUGAUGCCUGCGGCCUCCCCCCCGAACUCUACCUGACACCCUGGGUGCUCACCCUCCUGGCCCGAAGCCUUGACAUGCCCACCACGCUCGCCCUCUGGGACCACUACCUGCUCGAACAGGACCCGCUCCUCCAUCACUUCCUCCUCCUCGCCCUCCUCCGUCGGCACCGAGCCUCCCUGCUCGCCGCCCCCGUGGACCUCCUCCCCGAGACCCUUGCCUCCCUCUCCUUCUCCGGCACGGCCCAUGUGGCCUCCCUUGUCGCCGAAGCCAAAGCCCUGCGGGCGCAAACGCCGGACAGAGGCGUUGGAAGGGGUCUUGGAUGUGCUGGGGUACGGGGAGGAGGAGGAGGAGGGAGGGGAGGAAGAGGGGGAAGAGGAGAGGACAAGGGUGGAGGAGAAUAG